GUUACAGAGUUGAAGAAGCUGUAAUCUCUCUCGUGAAGAGAGAGAAUUUAAGAGAAAAAUUAUUAUUUUUUUUCUUUUUAUUUACAAAAUAUUAUUCAUAGAUUCAUAGCAAAUUUUAGCAAUUCGACCAUAUUUUUUUUUCUUAAUUUUUUUGAUUUUUUAAUUUUUUUUUGAAUUUAUAAAUCUGCAUGAUCGGAACGGGAAAAGAGGAACUUUUGAUCGGAGAAAUCUGAAAGAGGAAUUUUUUUCCGGCACAUCAUGUCUGCUAUAUUGUGCGGGAAGAGAUCGAAUUUGUUUGAGGAUUUUCAGUCGUCGUCGUCUGCGUCAACGCCGGUUUCGAAGAGGAUUCGCCGUAAUUUUUCUCCGGCGAGGUCUAAUUCUGAUUCCGAUCGUGUUUUGUGUGGUAAUUUGAUUGCAUCGUCGGCACUCGAUCAUCUUCUCAUGAUUUUCUCUGACACGGACAAGCAGUUGGUUGAGAGAGCACUUGAAGAAUCCGGUGAUGAUCUAGAUUCUGCUAUCAAACGCCUGAAUGAGCUCUGCUUGGGAUCUGGUGAUAAUCUGAGGCCUGUGGCAGGAAGCUCUGGUGCUACACAUGAGUUCAGCAGCCAGGUUUUUCCUCAAGGUGUGGCUACAACUAAUGGUGAGACCCCAUCUGCAGAGGAUUUAUCUUCUGCAGAAGUGGUGCAUUUGCAGGGUACAGAAUGGGUGGAUCUUUUUGUUGGAGAGAUGAUGAGUGCAUCAAACAUAGAUGAUGCUAAAGCGCGUGCUUCACGAGCUCUGGAGGCUUUUGAGAAGACCAUAUGUGCUCGUGCAACAGAGGCAGCCUGCCGUUUCCAGAAGGAGAAUAUGAUGCUCAAGCAGCAGUUAGAAGCUCUUGUACAAGAGAAUGCUAUUUUCAAGCGAGCAGUUGCCAUCCAGCAUGAGCGUCAAAAGGAAUUCGAGAAUAGAGGGAACGAGUUGAAUCAGCUGAAGCAGUCGGUGGCUCAGUACCAGGAGCAGCUUAGAACCCUUGAGGUCAAUAACUAUGCUCUCACGAUGCACCUCAAGCAAGCUCAACAAAGCAACAACUCCAUUCCAGGGCGUUUCAACCCCGAUGUCUUUUAGUAUGUGUCAUGUCCCUAUUGGCUGUGUAACAUACAUAGGUAGCAACAGUAGUAUCCUAUCGUCACAGUAGCAGCAAGUGUUUCCUAGAGAUGAAUGACGAUAUUAAGCUAGAACUUCUGUCUAUUGAUCAAAGUGCCCUUCUGCAGUUACUAGACAAAGGGUACUUUGUUCUGUUCAUACAAGUUUUUAUUUGUUUUUCUGCUGUUGUUUCAAUUAGAGUAUCCAAAGUUCAUACAGUUCUAUUCUUCUUCUUCUGCUUUUAAGAAGAUGUUCAACACAUGAUUGUUAUGCUUUA